GUACAGUCUCAUCAUUCCUUUUUAAUAUUCUCUAAACUUUAUUUAUUUAUUUAUCUACUACGAAUCGUAAAAAAUUGAAGCGAGCCUUUCAUUUACUUUCCGGUAAAUCCAAUCGAAGAAUCUGCCCUAUAGAACUAUCCUUUCAUCCAUCCUAUCCAUCGUCUUGCUUAGUUUACCCCCACUUUACCGAUACCGAUAUGAUGUUAAAGGAUUGUAAAGCAUUUAACGAUAAACACAGCAACUGCAUUAGGACUGUUCAAGCAACGAUUACAUAAUCCUUCUGCUCCUCCCAAAUGAGAGUUGCUGGCCGCAGUGUCAGGCAAGCCGCCAGCAACCAACAACACCUAAAAAAAAAGCAUUUUGAAAGGAAGGACGUCCUGAAUUUAGUGGAACUUUUUAAAACCAUAUUAUAAUCAAAAUUUACUUCGUAUCUCCUGUAGUUUUUUCCAAAAACUCACUGAAAACGGACGUUAUCAAACAAGCUCAAACUUUACAUUAAAAAAUACAUGAAAUUAAAGAAAAGAAUGUAUAAAAACGAGUGCUAGAAUUUUAUUCGACAAAUAUUGUAUAUCUAUCUGCCACUGAGGGCUGAUUGUUACACACGAGAAACCCUAACCCUGUAAAUCCUGGUUUAUAUAAAUGAGACGGCCUCCCGUGAGCUCUAGGGUUUCCAGUAGGGUGGGAUAACGCAAGCCAGUGAAUAAUAUUAUAGAUUGUUAGGUCAAUUUAGUGCACAGAAAAUGGAUUUUGCUUUGCCCACCACGGCCUCGCAAGCGAGUGCUUUUAUGAACAAUUCUUCUUUAGCGUUCCCUGUUUUACCAACUAAUAAUAACGAAACAGUUGAUGACACGGCAGAUUCCGGUGAUACAGAAGUUGCGAAGACUGAGGGUGUUUCCGGAAUUGUUCCGACCCUUCAGAACAUUGUUGCUACUGUGAACUUAGACUGUCGUCUUGAUCUCAAAACUAUUGCCCUUCAUGCACGUAAUGCAGAAUAUAAUCCCAAGCGUUUUGCAGCUGUCAUUAUGCGUAUUCGUGAACCCAAAUCCACUGCUUUAAUCUUUGCUUCAGGCAAAAUGGUUGUUUUGGGUGGUAAAUCCGAGGAUGACUCUAAAUUGGCAUCUCGGAAAUAUGCUCGUAUCAUCCAGAAGCUUGGCUUUAACGCAAAGUUUACCGACUUUAAGAUUCAAAAUAUUGUCGGAAGUUGUGAUGUGAAAUUCCCAAUCCGUUUGGAGGGCUUGGCUUAUUCUCACGGAACUUUCUCAUCCUAUGAGCCUGAACUGUUCCCUGGUUUGAUUUAUCGUAUGGUUAAGCCCAAAGUGGUUUUACUGAUUUUUGUAUCUGGUAAAAUCGUUUUAACGGGUGCCAAAGUACGAGAGGAAAUUUACCAGGCUUUUGAAGCUAUUUAUCCUGUACUCUCGGAAUUCCGUAAACACUAAAAGUGAUGGGAAGUGGUAUUCUUUGGAGAAAAAUGUUUGCCAAAAAUCCAUUCAACGAAACAAAUUAUAUGGUGAAUUUGUUGGUAAUCAAAAACUUAUAUGUGGGUUUAAGCAGGCAGAAAAAAAAGACUGAAUAUUUCAUAUCGCUAGUCGUUAGGUCAAGUGAAAUAACUGUCUAUAACGAUUGUAAAUCGUUAGUUUUCAAUAAGCUUUCCCAUAUUCUAGUUGUGCUUGGGAGAUUAGCUAUUGAGAAUGUCACUGGAGUCUUCCUGCAGUUGGGAAUUAUAUCUUGGUCUUUUUUUCGGUGGAUAAGUUCGUCACUGUUUUUUCAGGCCCUUGUAAAACAGGGAAGGGAUAAGAUUUUCUUAGGAAAAAGCUGCUUCUCAUUGCAAUAUAAAAAGAAAACAUCUUAUUGAUGGCAUUGUUAAAUUUUAAACAUUUUUGGCAGCAUCUGGCGAUUAGCUGCGUUUUGAUGAUGAUAAUGAUACGCAAUACACAUUUCUGCCUAAAUGGCAAACGGUUCUUUGUGGGUCCUCUCUUUAAAUUUAUUUAAAUUGAAGAAGUCAAGGGCGAAGGACAAUAUGGUAUUGAGACUAUUGCUUUCAAGCUCGAGUUCAAUGCAUAAGGUUUCUUAGCUGGAAGUAACUUCUGUGGGGUAUUGCCAUUUGUCUAUGCAACUUGACUUAACAAACUUUUUGCUACAAGUGUUGUUAUUCUUGUUGCUUUGUAUAGUUCCUAUUCAUGAUUCUUGUAAUAAUAAAUAAUAGUUAACUAAUGAAGUAUAAAAAAGAAAUAUUGAAUAAUUAAUAAAAUUAUUGAAAAAUUGGAAAGGAG